GUGAGAAACAAGUACCGAACGUUUGAAGACUUUUGCUAACCCAAUACGAUGGUGGCAUUUCGCCUAGAUGUUGUACACUUGCUGGGCUUUUUUUAUUAUCUCUCUAUGUUGCAUUUUGUACAAGGACAAAAUAAGAGUUAUCUGCUUGUGCUACAGGACUAUCCAGUUACGCUACGUGUUUCGACAUUUCGACAUGGAAUUCUGCGAAACCCAAUAUUGGAAAGAGAGAGGUCAAUGUUUCCUCUUCCUCCAUUACCAGGGCAGGCUUUCGAUAACAGGCUUUAUUUACGUUUUGGAGAUGGUUGGGAGAGACAGCGUAGGCCCCUUCCUGCACUGCCUCCUGGUGCUACGCCUUUUGAUACAUGGAGCCUUGGUGCAAGUGGUACCCAAGCACAACGUCUUCAGACUGGAAAUCUUGACCGAGGGGAGUCCUUCUUUCUUGGCAAACUUCCUGAAGUUCCGGACCGAGAUAAGAAACCUGGAGCGUCACCAUCAGCACCUCCAAGAAAUAGGCCUCAACCACCUCAAAGAUCAACUUCCCUGUAUGCCCAAAAACCACUUCCACCAAAGCCUCAUCGUCGAUCGAGUAUAUCGGAGGUGCGAAGCCGUUAUGGGCUACUCAAAAAGUCUCUAUCAUUGCCUUCGCGAUCAUGACGGGUGGAGUAGGACAGUUCACGAGUGCUGCACUGAAUGUAAGUUAAAGCGCUGGUUAACAGGACAGCCACAGAGAGAAUUACAUUUGGUUAACGCCAGAUGAGUCACCGUGGAAGUAUCAGUGCAGCGGAAUCAAUAAAAAAGUGCAACAUUGCAAA